UUAGCCUCAUGUUUACUCCCGAAAGCUCACUUUGCUUUUAGCCCUGGCCGUCGGCUGAGCGGAGCUGCGCAUGCGCCGCGUACCCCCGUGGCAUAGAGCCUCGUCCAGUCACGACUAGCCACUGGGCGGGGUGCGUGCCGGCCGAGGGCGCCGGCUGCCAGAGUGGACAUGGCGGCCGGCCCCACUGGGGCGGUGCUGGCCCUCCUGGGGGUGCUCAGUGUCUGUGCAGCCAGCGCCUAUGGGUCCGUGGCGGAGAGGGAGGCCGGCGGGGAGGCGGAGUGGGUGGAACCGUGGGAUGGCGCGGUUUUCCGGCCGCCCUCGGCGCUGGGCGCAGUGCGGGUGACGCGCAGCUCCGGAACGCCGAGACCAGGGAGGGAGGAGGCCGGGGAUUUGCCGGUGCUGCUGUGGUGGAGCCCAGGGCUAUUCCCCCACUUCCCGGGAGACUCGGAGCGCAUCGAGUGUGCGCGCGGCGCGUGCGUGGCGUCCCGGAACCGCCGAGCGCUGAGGGACUCGCGGACGCGCGCGCUGCUCUUCUAUGGCACCGACUUCCGCGCUUCGGCCGCGCCGCUGCCGCGCCUGGCGCACCAGAGCUGGGCGCUCCUCCACGAGGAGUCGCCCCUCAACAACUUCUUGCUGAGCCACGGCCCGGGCAUCCGCCUCUUCAAUCUUACCUCCACAUUCAGUCGCCACUCGGAUUACCCGCUGUCGCUGCAGUGGCUGCCUGGGACUGCCUAUCUGCGCCGCCCGGUGCCUCCGCUCCGGGAACGCGCGGAGUGGCGCCGCCGCGGCUACGCGCCGCUGCUCUAUCUGCAGUCCCACUGCGAUGUGCCUGCGGACCGGGACCGCUACGUGCGCGAGCUCAUGCGCCACAUCCCGGUAGACUCCUACGGGAAAUGCCUGCAGAAUCGGGAGCUGCCCACUGCGCGGCUACAGGACACAGCUACGGCCACCACCGAGGAUCCAGAGCUCUUGGCUUUCUUGUCCCGCUAUAAGUUCCACUUGGCCCUGGAAAAUGCCAUCUGUAACGACUACAUGACAGAAAAACUGUGGCGUCCCAUGCAUCUGGGCGCUGUGCCCGUGUACCGCGGCUCUCCCUCUGUGAAGGACUGGAUGCCGAACAAUUACUCUGUCAUCCUGAUUGAUGAUUUUGAGUCUCCUCAGAAGCUGGCAGAGUUUAUUGACUUUCUGGACAAGAAUGAUGAGGAAUAUAUGAAAUACCUGGCAUACAAGCAACCUGGGGGCAUCACCAACCAAUUUCUUCUGGAUAGUCUGAAGCAUCGGGAGUGGGGAGUGAAUGAUCCUUUGCUGCCUAACUACCUCAACGGCUUCGAGUGUUUCGUCUGUGACCACGAACUGGCUCGGCUGGAUGCCGAGAAAGCCCAGGCGGCCUCUCCUGGGGACAGCCCCGUCCUUGAACCUCACAUUGCGCAGCCCUCACACAUGGACUGCCCAAUGCCCACACCUGGCUUUGGCAAUGUGGAAGAGAUUCCUGAGAAUGACAGAAAAGAACAAGAGGGAAGACCUCCAGGCUGGGUGCAGUGACUCAUACCUGUGAUCCCAGCACUUUGGGAGGCCAAGGUGGGAGGAUCGCUUGAGUCCAGAGAUUCAAGACCAGCUUGGGUAACAUGGCAAAACCCCAUCUCUACAAAAAAUAGAAAAAAUUAGCUGGGCAUGGUGUGUGUGCCUGUAGAUUCAGCUACUUGGGAGGCUGAAGUGGGAGGAUCGCCACUGCACUCCAGCCUGGGUGACAGAGUGACACCCUGUCUCAAAAACAGAAACUGGAAAAAAAAAAAAAAACUUCAAAAAUAUAUCUAAGCCACAUGUGAUGGCAUGGGUCUGUAGUCCCAGCUACUCAGAAGGCUGAGGCAGGAAGAUCGCUUGAGCCCAAGAGUUUGAGGCUAUAGUACGUUGUGAGUGCACCUAUGAGUACCAACUGGGCAACAUAGACCCGUCUUUAAAAAAAAAAAAAAAAAAAAAAAUCUGUUGGGCUGGGUGCGGUGGCUCACGCCUGUAAUUCCAGCACUCUGGGAGGCCAAGGCGGGCAGAUCACCUGAGGUCAGGAGUUCGAGACCAGCCUGACCAACAUGGAGAAACCUCAUCUCUAGUAAAAAUACAAAAUUAGUUGGGCGUGGUGGCACAUGACUGUAAUCCCAGCUACUCAGGAGGCUGAGGCAGAAGAAUCGCUGGAACCCAGGAGGCAGAGGUAGUGGUGAACCGACAUCAUGCCACUGCACUCUAGCCUGGGCAACAAGAGUAAAACUCUAUCUCAAAAAAAAAAAUUCUGUUAAAAUUUGAUAUAGUAGGCACUGACAAAAGAGGUCAAAUGCAGGACUGAUUUCUAAGCUUGCAAUCUAUCUAAAUGCAGAUGCUAAUUUAGAGUGCAUAAUACAUAUAAGUACAGACCUAGGUCAGGAGUUAAAUUUCAUUAUGUGCAAUAAAAAGGUUAAGUGAUAGUUAAGCAAGGUGUAGAAUUAUCCUUACCUCUCCUCCUAAUGACACGAGCUCACAUUGGCAUUCCUUUGGUACUUUUACGUAUAAAGUGGGCAGUUGUUUCUGAAUGACUGUUGCUGGAGCCUCAGGCCUGCUUUGUGCUCGGUGCUUUCCAGACUUUCUCCUUUAUUCCUAUCACCAUAUAAGUACUCAGAAAAGAGCAGUGUAAACCAGGUGUUACAUUUCCACAAGGGAAAGUAGAAUCAAGAAUAGCCACAUGAUACUUACUGAAAGUUUCACUUUCCCUAUAGAGAAAGCAAGCAAUAUGAAUUUUCUGAUUUGGGGCCCAGCCUGCUCUGUAUACAGCAGCAGACUCACUCACUGCAGGUUGGCAUUAUUGGUGACAGAAAUGUCUGCUAGGAGUCUUUUAAUUACACUCUGGAGUGUGGAGGUGGAGUGCAAGGCUGCUUCCUUUAUUACUGCAAGUGUUAUUUUCUAUUACCUCAGGUUUCAUUUUGUAUAAUAAACUGCUUCUUGUUAAAUAA